GGGUGCUGCUCUUGAUGACCGCUCCAGCCUUCGGCAACCAAACUAGAGUCAAUGUUUUAUUCCAUCAUCCAGAGUUGACCAGAUGCCUUGGUUGUGGGCUCUUACAGGCAAUAGCUUGCUUGAUGGACAUGAAUGCCUUGCUGGACAGAUUUCACAAUUACAUCCUACCACACCUGAGGGGGGAAGACCGAGUUUGUCACUGCAACUGUGGAAGGCAUCAUGUCCACUAUGUCAUUCCAUACGACGGGGAUCAGUCAGUGGUGGACUCCUCAGAGAAUUACUUUGUGACUGACAAUGUAACCAAGCAAGAGAUUGAUCUGAUGCUGGGACUUUUGCUGGGCUUUUGUAUAAGCUGGUUUCUGGUCUGGAUGGACGGGGUUCUCCACUACGCCGUGCGAGCCUGGAGAACCAGCCGACGGUAUGACAAUUCCUGGUCUUGGAUUCCAAAAUUUUGUAACUUGAAGGAGUUCAGGAAACGUCACCACAGGCAGUACGAGGAGGCCACUGGGAACAUGGUGCACAUCAAGCAGAAGCUGUACCACAACGGGCACCCCAGCCCCCGGCACCUCUGAGGGACACCCCCCCCCAGGGACUGCAGGGAGCUUUUAAGCAAGGACCUCGCUCUUCCUCCAGGGGAACAGCUGCCAGUUUGCUCCUCUAUGGAAGCCAGACCAGGACACAAUUUGACUGCUCCAUCCCGUGUGUCCCCGUGGCACAGCCUGAUGCACAACUAAGCCAGUCCCGGGCGCUGCGCAGCCCGGACGUUGCACUGUGUUCCACCUUCUGGUGUCAGACUGCUGUAAAUAUGUAAAAAGCAAAGAACACAGAGAAGAGAUUUGCAUUAUCCUUUCAGCCCCCUUCUCCUGGCACUCACGGCUGUCCUCCUCACCCAGCUGCCCUCCAGGGAACGAUGGACUAAGGGUAUGGAGGUGGGACAACAUGAAGAAGUUGCAGUUUCUCAUCCAGGAGCUCCAGUCCCCCUUUUCUUUGGUCCUUUGGCUUGUUUCUGCUCUGCUCUGUCCCUUCUGUUGCUAGAAUGGCUUGGCUGGUGGCAGGGUUGGAGGGGCACUGCUGCCAGCAGGGUGGGAAGGCACAGUGUCCCUUUUCUUCCUGGUUUUGGGAGCUGCUGUGGGGGGGGAGGAAGCCCUGGGCAUGGAUGCCCGAGUUGUUCCUGUCGUUGCUGUUCUCUGAAACCUGCCUUAAGCAAUCCAAGAACCUGAGGAACCAGGAGGUGUCAGCCUGGUGAAGGGGGGGGGGGGGCUGGUGCUGCCUGGUUUGUUACCACCUUUCUGCUGGUGGGACCUUGCUGAGGUCAGUGCUGGUGUUUCUCCCCAAGGCUGGAGAGGAGCUGCUCCUGAGAUCCGGGUGUGGUGGGUUGGAAGGUGUUGGAUCUGGUUUGCACCCUGAGAGGCCCCUCUGCUGCACAACAGCCCCCCCAGCCCCUGCCUGGGGGAGAGGAGCUGCUCCCCCCUCUCCUCAGAGCCUGGUUCAUACCCCCUGGAAACACCAACAAUGCCCUGAGAGGGUCCUGUCAAUGGUCUCACUCUACCUGCACCCUCACUUCUCUGGGAACUGCUCCGAGCUGGAAUUGCCCCUCAGCAGCAGGUUGGGCUUGGCUUGAGGGACACAGGAAGAUGUGGCCCUGAAACCAAACCCAUCUGCAGCACUGGAUGUCCCAGCCAUGGGCUGAAAGAAGGUACAUGGAUGUUGUAAGGUGGGUUUUUGCCUUUGCCUCCCCCUGUGGGAAGGGUUUUGGAUGUAGCUGAAACCAACCCCCACAUCCAGGGAACAUCCUUCCCUUCCAGGAGAGCUGCCUGGAGGAGAAUUGAUUGCCAAGGUCUGUAGGCACCUUGAGAGCCUGGUGCUGGUUUCUCCAGCAGCCCUGCUGGCAGCAGGAGCAGAGGGAUUGCCAUGGAGAGGAACAAGGCUGGGAGAUGCUGACCCCCAAGAACUGAAGGUGCUAGCCCUGAAUCCCAGACAUUUCUCCUUCAUUCCUCAUUUGGUAUUGACGGGGCUUGUGCUUACAAGGGGGGGAAACAUCCAGAACAAAAGGCUGAUGAAUAUUAUCAGGCUCUGCUGAGUUUUUCUGUGGAUCCCUGUGCUCUCCCAAUGUCUGAUCCCACUGGCAGUGAGGGGAGGACACCAGGACUCCCUGCUCUUCCCUCCCUGCUCCAGCUCCUCUGUCUUGUUUGGUUUUUUCAUUCCUUCCUCUGCCCGGGGUCAGUUCAGUUCCUUGCAAAGCCCCCAGGCUGGGGGGGCUGAGCCCAACAUUCCUGUUCUCUGCCAUCCCUCCCUUUGCUGUUCCCUAGUGCCUCUUGCCUUGGAGCCCCAGGUUCUGUCUGGACUUAAAUCCUGGCCUGGUCUGCACGUGUCUGUCUGUCUGUCUGUCUGUCUGUCUGUCUGUCAGGGUGUCCCUCUGGUGUCACUUCUGCAACCCCCCCUGCCAGUAGCUACAGAACAACUUUUCCUUCAGCAGCCCCUGCCCAAGCCCCCGGGCUUGUCCCCUCCUUGGCUGGAGCAGCUGGGGACCCUUGGCCAGGUGGGCUCCUCCUCAGGGGGCUCCAGCUGCUCCUUCCAGGAGAAGGUUCCUUGGGACCUGCCCAAGCAGCUCUUCUCCAGGCCCUGGGGCCAUGGCACAUGGACCCACAGUGCAGGUGUCAUGAACCAGGGACCUGUCACAGCUGUGGCUUCAGGUGGGACAGUGUUUUGCAAGGGAGGAAAUUCCACCACAAGGACAAAAUACUGAGUCUUGGGACUUAGUUAUGGAGUGUGGUGGGGAAAAGCACUUUAUCUAUUCUGUCCUCUUGGUGCCUCUCACAAGAGAGACUCAAGGCUGUGCCCUCAGCUCAGCCUGAACCACUGGUCCUACCCCCCCUUCCAGCACCUGAGCUGAAAUACCAGUAGACACCAGACUCAGAGCUGGAAGGGUGAUGUGGUGGCUCACAGGGAUUGAGGCUGAUCCUCAGCAGAACUGCAGAAGAACAUGAGGCUCUGGAUGAGGGACAAAAAUUAACCCCCAACAUGGUGCAUGUGCCCAUUCUUUAAGAACAGAUCCAUUAUUUUUUAAACCUCCUGAGGCUGCAGCUGUUCCCCCUCAGCCCCUCUCUUGUUUGCACUUAGUCAAGAAAAUGAACCAGAAAAUACUCUCUGGGCAAUUCAAUUUACUGGGAGUCAUUAAUUGGUCUUAGAUCCAACAAGAAGCAGCCUCACAGAGCAGGGCUUGUCCCAGCAGACACUGACCCAACAGGCUUGAUCCUGGGGAGCCAACCAGACUUUUGUUUCUCAUCCUGAAUGAAUAAGGGGCAAAGUUCUUCCCUGCAGCCACCCGGGUCCUGCUCCCAGCCCCAGGAGGCUGGUGGGAGGUUCCAUCAUCAGGUUUAAACCUGGGACAUGGGGUCUGAGUCCUGCUGUGAGCUGCCUUCUCCUCCCACCCAGGAGCUCCUGGGGGUUUGAUCCUCUGGGACAGAGCUCAGGGCUGGAUCACCCCCCCUCGGCAGGAGCAGCCCCACCUGCCCAGGCUGUUGUGCAGAAGUUGUUCCCAGCAGCCAGGGCUGCUGUGGCUCCUCUCUGGGGACACUGAGGAGCCCCCCCAGAGCAGCAGAGGGGCUGGCUGUGCCUGAGGACUGCAGAGCCCCAGGAGAGCAGCCUGUGCCCCCCUGCCCUCUGUGUGACACCUGCACCCCUGUCCCCUCAGCUGGAGGUCCCACCACCAGCUCUGGCUUCGUGGUGUCUUGUUCCUCUGUCCCUCUGGGGCUGGCAGCUCUGCAGGCUGCCCUUGCACUGUCUUCUUCUCCUGUGCAUGUGUUUGUGUUGCUUUUGUCUGGUUGUGGGGGGGUGUUUGCUCCUCGUUUCAUUGUCUGAGAUGUGCUGGUGUUGACUUCCCUGCUGUUCUCUUGCCUCUGAUCUGCACACAAAAACCACCCGACAAAACCAAACCACGGAUGGAAACGUCAACAAAACCAAAACCCAGCAACAACCCCGGGCCAAAAAAGGGUUCAGCUGGGAGAACUUUGGCAUCAGGGAAUUGGCACAACCAGGUCAGGGCUGGGCAAGAUGCUGUGAAGAGCCUGUGGGAGAGGAAACACGGGGCUGCAAACCAUCCCAACUGGCAGCAGCUCCAGGGGGACCAAGAGUGGGAAAUGUGUCCCAUGGCUUAGCAAUCCUCCACCUGCUGCUUUGAGGGAGCUGUCUGCAGCAUCAGGGGGGGCUGGAGGUAGGAAUAUCCCACAGGAACUUCCCAGGGCACCUCUGGUGUAAAAGAGUAGAAGCACUUCUAUGAGUAGAGCAAACAGCACAGGCAGGGAGAGGUUGUUUGGAUGAAGUGCUUUGCAACCUGGAGAUGCUGGGGGGGCAGAUGCCUGGUUCAGGGACAGGGUGGGGAGUAGGGGACAGAGGGGUAGUUAGUAGGGGACAGACAGGUAGUUAGUAAGGGACAGACAGGACACAGGGCUGCUGGGUCUACCUGGGGAUGGAGGGAAGCUGAGAUGUCCUCCCAGCCCA